AUGAGUGCUUCGCCAGUAAGAGAAGACUUUUUGGAGCAAGCUGAGAACAUUAGAAUCGCUAACCUCGACCCUUUGGUGUCGCCAGCGCUACUGCAAUCGCAAAUUCCUGCCACCAACAAAUGUCUGCAAACCGUGCAGAAGGGAAGAAGAGAAGCCAGCGAAAUCAUCGUCGGUAAGGACGACAGAGUGUUGGUUAUUGUGGGACCUUGCUCGAUUCACGACCUUGAUGCCGCUCAGGAAUACGCCAGACGUCUAAAGAAGAUUUCUGAAGAGCUCGAAGGCGAUAUCUGCGUGAUCAUGAGAGCGUACUUGGAAAAGCCAAGAACCACCGUGGGCUGGAAAGGUUUGAUCAAUGACCCAGAGAUCAACAACACCUACAACAUCAACAAGGGUCUGCAGUCUGCCAGACAACUCUUCGUGAACUUGACCAGCGAGGGCCUUCCUAUCGGGUCUGAAAUGCUUGACACCAUCUCUCCACAGUACCUAGCGGAUUUGUUGUCCUUCGGUGCCAUUGGAGCCAGAACUACCGAGUCUCAGCUUCACAGAGAGCUUGCUUCGGGCUUGUCUUUCCCUGUGGGGUUCAAGAACGGUACGGACGGAAGUUUGGGUGUCGCCGUCGACGCUGUGUUGGCUGCCUCGCACCCUCAUCACUUCAUGGGUGUUACCAAGCACGGGUUUGCUGCCAUCACUACCACCAAGGGUAACGAACACUGUUUCGUGAUCUUGAGAGGUGGUACCAAGGGUACCAACUACGAUGCCGAAUCUGUGGCAGAGGCCAAGAAGCAGCUACCAGAAGGUAGUGGAUUGAUGGUCGACUGCUCGCACGGUAACUCCAACAAGGACUACAGAAACCAGCCUAAGGUCAACGCUGCCGUCUGUGAGCAAAUUGCCAACGGUGAAGACAGAAUCAUCGGUGUCAUGCUUGAGUCGCACAUCAACGAGGGCAAGCAGUCCAUUCCUGCCGAGGGCAAAAGCGGACUCAAAUACGGUGUUUCCAUCACCGACGGCUGCAUAGGCUGGGAAACCACCGAGCAGGUCCUACGCGAUUUGGCCAGCGCCGUCAGACAGAGAAGAGAGCGCAAAAACUCUACCUCGGCUUAA